UGAAGACCGAUAAGGCGGGUACAAAAUGUAUAAAAUCAGAGUUCAAGAACCAUUACUUUUCAGUAACAAACUUUGACCGAAAGAACAUGGGUCGAUUCCUAGCAGUUGGAACACUUUUCUUAGUCGGCGUCGUCCUGGGAGAUGCUUGCAAUUAUGAGUGUCUUCCUAGGGAACAGUGUCUAGAAGAGGAACCAGUUUUCAGGCUCCAUUCAUAUGGAUGCCCAGAGCCAGAAGUUUGUUGCUCAGUUCGUCGGCAAACUACCUCAAUGUCAAGUUUAUGCCCUAAUGAUCUUACUAAAGGCGGAGCUGAAAAUCAACCGUGCGGAUUGAGCAAUCCAAAUAAGCCAUUGCAGAGAUAUCUUUCCAAAGACCUUGCGACUCCCGGUGAAUUUCCAUGGCUUGUGGCCCUAUUUAAAAAAGGCAAAUUUUUGGCUGGUGGUUCCUUAAUUGCUCCAGGAAUUGUCCUAACAGCGGCUCAUGGAGUGUGUUACCAGUUAAAGGAGGAUCUUCUGGUCAGAGCAGACGAAUGGUACCUAAACUCUGAUAGAGAUGACGACCAGAUAGAGGAGCGGGAAGUGAAAAAAAUAGUGUGCCACGAAAGGUUUAUUUAUCGAACUGGAGAAUAUAACUUGGCCCUUGUCUUCCUAAAAUCUCCGUUCCAGUUAAGAAACCACAUUCGAACUAUCUGCUUGCCUACCCCAAAAACUUCUUUUGAAGGACAUCGCUGCUUUGUUGCCGGCUGGGGAAAGAAAAAUUUCGUUAAUUCAGAAACUUCAGGUAUUUUGAAAAAGCUUUCACUGCCAAUGGUGAAUAGGACCACAUGUAACCAACAACUGCAGAAAACCAAAUUGGGCUGGAACUAUCAGCUCCCUAAGACUCUAAUUUGUGCCGGCGGUGAGUUGAACCAGGAUGCCUGCAUCGGUGAUGGAGGAUCACCUCUGUUCUGCUCCGUGAAUAACCGGAACCAAGAUGUUUACGUACAGGUUGGCAUCGUUAACUGGGGCAUUGGGUGCGGAAUGGAAAAUGUCCCGGCCACCUAUACCAAUUUAGCUAUGUUCCGGGAAUGGAUUGAUGAGAAGAUGAUAGAUAUUACUUAUAAAAAGUAAUAUGUAAUUCAAACCAUUUUAAACAUAUAUAAUAGCUUAACUUAUUUAAUUUAUUUUAGUUCACGAAAUAAAAUUUUAUAAAGGAUA